GACUGGGACUGAGCGGUUGCUUCCGCCGCCCGACCCCGUCCAGCGCCGCGGCGGGCGAGGAGCAGCAGCGAGCUCGGUUCGGCCCGGAGCGUGCGAAGGAGUAGGUGUGGGAGGCUCUCAGGUCGACACCAUGACGGAAGGUUUCGACUGCGACAACUGCAAGGAGUCCCUGUAUGGGCGGAAGUACAUCCAGAUGGACAUGGGUCCCUACUGCAUCCCCUGCUAUGAUGCCCACUUUGCUAACACCUGCGAGGAAUGCAAGGAGCUGAUUGGCCACGACUGCAGGGAGCUGUACUACGAGGAUCGCCAUUAUCACGAGCAGUGCUUCCGGUGCUUCCGCUGCGAGCGCUCUCUGGCCGACGAGCCUUUCACCUGCCAGGACGAGGAGCUGCUCUGCAACGACUGCUACUGCAGCGAGUUCUCCUCCAAGUGCGUCGCGUGUGAGAAGACAGUCAUGCCAGGAUCCCGGAAACUGGAAUACAAUGGACAAACCUGGCAUGAGCAUUGCUUCAUCUGCAGCAGCUGUCAGCAGCCCAUCGGGUCGCGGUCCUUUAUCCCAGACAAGAAGGAUUAUUAUUGCGUCCCCUGUUAUGAGAGCAAGUUUGCCCCCCGCUGCACUCGUUGCAAAAAGUCGCUGACCAAGGGAGGAGUGACUUACCGUGACGAGCCCUGGCACAAGGAGUGCUUUGUCUGCACUGGUUGCAAGGUUCCCUUGGCAGGCCAGCAGUUCACCUCCCAGGAGGACAACCCCUACUGUGUCAAGUGCUUUGGGAACCUCUAUGCCAAGAAAUGCAGCGCCUGCGCAAAGCCCAUCACAGGCUUCGGAGGGGGUAAAUACAUCUCCUUUGAGGAUCGUCACUGGCACCACAACUGCUUCAACUGUGCCCGCUGCACCAGCUCGCUGGUGGGGAAAGGCUUCAUCCCCCGGCACGACGAGAUCCUCUGCCGCGACUGCAGCAGCAACCUAUAAGCCUGGCAAGAGGAUGUGGAUCAGGGGCUUUAUCUGCUCUUCAGGGGCUUCGUGCCAGACACCCUGGGCAGGUGGGAGAUGUGCCUUUUGUUGCCCUGGAGAGGGCUGAUCCCCUCACCACAGUGUGUGCUCAGGGUGCCUGUGCCCUUCCCCUGAAAGCUAGAAUAAGCCACCCUGGGCUUUCUGCAGAGUGAAGCUAAAUAAACGCCAAACAAAAGGAGCUUCCAAGUCCCUCAUUAUUUUCUUUUCCCUUUGCUUCCUAAGCACUUGGGCGCUGGCUGAGCCGGGAGCCCCUGUCUGAGCAAAGGGGCUGGCAGUGGCCUUAGGCUCCAUGUGCUGACCGCAGCUUUGUCCCUGCUACUUCUUACUGGUUUUCUUCCCCUCCCCUGCGUGAUCCUCUGCUCUGAGUGAUGGGCAGCAGCUCCUGUCCUGGGAGCCAGGCUCUCCUGAGGCUCCUGCCUCCCCAGGCUGGGUUUCCAGCACAGCCUGUUCCCCUAACGUGAGGGUAACCUGGCAUCUCACUGGGCAAGUUUGCAACGCUUUCUAUGCUGUUCAUUGCAGCCUUGGGUGUUUCUGGCUGGCUGUGAGCAGAGCAUGCUGGACUGAGCACAUGGCCCACAUUGGGGAAUGGCUUUUUCUGAUGUCUCUCUCCCCCCUUGUUCCUCACGUCUUCAGGGAGAUGGUGUCACUAAUAUGGCAGGGGAACCUGAAUCACCAGCUGGUGCUGAGGGCUCUGGUGCCCCCACCUUCCUGCAGCAUCUCCCCUCCCCCUGCUCUGCCCCCAGCAGAAGGGUCCCCAUCAGCUUCCAAGAGCUGCACGAAUGAGUUUAUUUAACGCCGACUGCAAGAGCGCUGAGAAGCGGCUCAGGUGCUUUCGGAGCUAGUCUCGUGCUCUGUGUGCAGGUGCUGCCCGGCUGGCAGCCAG